AUGUAUCCCUUUGAAAGAUUCAUGGGUGAUUCAAAGCGAUCAGUGAAAACUAAAGCUAAAGUUGAAGGAUCAAUAUGUGCACAUUAUUUGCAUCGGGAAACAUCACAUUUUUGCAGUCAUUAUUUCAAUCAUUUGAUGUUAACUCCAAGAAUCAUAAGGAAUGAAUUUGAUGUUAACAAAAGAAGUCAGUUUACCUUGUCAAUCUUCGGUCUUCCCGGUCGCCCCUCUGGAAAGGAGAAUGUGCAUUGGCUGACCCAAAAAGAAUUGCAAUCUGCACACGUUCAUGUUCUUAUUAACUGUAUUGAAGUUAGGCCAUAUCUUGAGGCAUUUAACGCCUCCUAUUUUCAAAGCACCGGUGAACAAGCAACUACCGGUCAAAUACAUGCAUCUUUUCCAGCAUGGUUCAAGGAUCAAUUGUCAUGCAUUGUUGCACCGACUCAAGAAAUACUUCAUUUGCAUAACUUAUCUAGAGGGCCUGUUCAAAGAGAAAUUGAAUGGCACACAUACUUUGUGAACGGCUAUAAAUUUCACACCCAAACGUGGACAGAAGGAAAAAAAACCAUAAAUAGUGGUGUAUUUGUUAAAGGAGUUACAGAUGAUGGUGAAGACGACUUCUAUGGCGUUGUUACGCAUAUUUACGAGUUGGCAUACAAUUACUUGGACUCGGAAAAUAGAGUUGUCUUGUUUUAUUGUGAUUGGUAUGAUUCAUCUUCCAGGGGCACAAAAAUAGAUAAGAAAUAUAACAUUGUUGAUAUUCGAAUGGACAGAAGGUACAAAGAGUAUGACCCUUUCAUAAUGUCACAUAUCAUUAAACAAGUUUAUUAUGUUCCGUACCCUUCAAUUCAGUCACGUAAACGUGGAUGGUGUGUUGUAAUCAAAACAAAACCAUUGGGUCAUAUUGAAACUGAUGAUCUAGUGGAAGAUGCUUCUUACCAAGACCAUGAAAUUUCUCAAAUUAAUGAUGUGGUUGAAGUUGAAGAAAUUACAAAUUUGUGUGAUACAUUGGUCGAGGGUCAUCAAAUUGAUGCGUCUGUUUUGUUGGUAGAUAAUAAUAUGGACAAAGAGCAUGAAGAUAUUGGAUCUGAGGACAUUAUUGGAUCAGAUGAUGAAAAUAAUAUGGUCGAAGAGCAUGAAGAGUUUGAAUAG